CCACCCACCACCUGCACCCGUCGCCCCACUGCCAACCCUGGCAGAGCCGCGGGUGGAGAAGGUGCAGUCACCUGUCGCGGAGCAACCCUCAACACGACCAACAGAURGACCAGAGGUGUUCCUCAGCAACAGCAGCAGUGCCAUGUCUGAGGCGGUGGCGCCUGACGCCAUGGUACCCCCAGCAGUGGGCAGUCUAUACGGGGAGAAGGCCGGUGGAGCCAUGGUGGACUUCAGCUAUGUGGGGAUUGAUGCCAUUCUGGAGCAGAUGAGGAGAAAAGCCAUGAAGCAGGGCUUUGAGCUCAACAUCAUGGUUGUAGGGCAGAGCGGCCUUGGGAAGUCGACUCUGAUGAACACCUUGUUCAAAUCUAAAGUCAGCAGGAAGUCUGUACUGGGCACCGGCCAGGAGAAGAUCCCAAAAACUAUUGAAAUUAAGUCCAUCAGUCACGACAUCGAGGAGAAAGGAGUGAGAAUGAAGCUCACCGUCAUCGACACACCRGGAUUUGGAGACCAGAUUAACAAUGAAAACUGCUGGCAGCCCAUCAUGAAGUUUAUUAAUGACCAGUAUGAAGCGUACCUGCAGGAGGAAAUCAACAUCAACAGGAAGAAAAGGAUUCCAGACUCCAGAAUCCACUGCUGCAUAUACUUCAUCCCCCCRACUGGUCACUGUCUGCGACCUCUUGACGUGGAGUUCAUGAGGCGUCUCAGCAAGGUGGUCAACAUCGUCCCGGUCAUUGCUAAGGCAGAUACUCUCACGCUGGAAGAGAGAGACUUCUUCAAAAAGAAGAUCAGGGAAGAGCUGCGAGCCAACGGGAUUGAUGUUUACCCUCAGAAGGAAUUUGACGAGGACGCAGAGGACAGAAUGAUUAAUGAAAAGAUCAGGGAGAUGAUCCCAAACAGCAGAAAUACUGUAAGUCUGAUUAAAGGCCGGUUUCUUCUCAUSACGCUUUCAUGUGUCUUUUUGUUCAGGACCCACAUGCAGAAUAUUAAGGACAUCACCAGCAGCAUCCACUAUGAAAUGUACCGCGUGAGGCGCCUCAAUGAGAACAACACUGCAGUGGCUCAUGCCAACGGCGUCCCUGAACAUCACCUGACCGCCCACGAGAUGUAGGCGCCGCCUGCCCUCCACUGCACAGAGUAACGCACCAGAUGUGAGACUCUGAUCUUCCCUCCACCCAGCCCUGAUCUCACAGGUGGGGUAAAAACUCUAAAGCCUGACAAGAGGGACUUUAUUGUCUGCAGCUUAAAGGACUCUUUAUCAGUUUAUUGCCUUUUUUUAUUGUUUCAAACUUAACUUUACUGAUGACAAAACAGAGAAGAAAGGGUUCUGCCUUCAAGUUGUGCUGCAGCUUUGGUUUUAUAUCCCUUAUGUCUUACAAAUUUUACAGUCUAUAUUUUGGGUGCCAAAAUGUUUUUUUUUUUUUUUUUUUUGGUCUACCAAACUGAUUGGAUUUGUCUGAUUUGUUUUAAUCAGUAAUAAAAGUUUGCCGUUUUUGUUUC